AUGGGAUGGGAUGGGCUAGGCCCCGGCCCCGGGCCACCGCCCGUCGCUCCCCGCCGCCGACCGGCCCCCGGCCCGCGCCCGCCACCCGCCACCGCGGGGGAGGAGGAAGAGGAGGAAGACGAGGAAGACGAGGAGGAGGAGGAGGAAGAAGGGGAGACCCGCGACCCGCCGCCCCCCCCGCACCACGAGUGGACCUACGAGGAGCAGUUCAAGCAGCUCUAUGAACUGGACGAGGACCCGAAACGCAAGGAGUUCCUGGACGACCUCUUUGGUUUCAUGCAGAAGAGAGGUAAAGGGACGCCCGUGAACCGCAUCCCCAUCAUGGCCAAGCAAGUGCUGGACCUGUACACACUGUACCGACUGGUGACGGACAAGGGUGGCCUGGUCGAAGUCAUCAACAAGAAGAUCUGGCGGGAGAUCACCAAGGGCCUCAACCUACCUACCUCCAUCACCAGCGCUGCCUUCACCCUCCGCACGCAAUACAUGAAGUACCUGUAUCCCUACGAAUGUGAGAAGCGGGCGCUCAGCUCUCCCGGGGAGCUCCAGGCCGCCAUCGAUAGCAACCGUCGGGAGGGACGGAGGCAGACUUUCGGCACGGCGCUCUUCAACUACUCACCGGCCGGCACCCCAACCCUGCUGGGCUCCCCCAAAAUGCCUCUGCCAGCUCUUAGCAUCUCCACACACAGCUGCAACCAGCUCAGCCAAGUGCACGCUGUGAAGAAAGAGGAUGGUGUGCUGGCAGCAGCCGUGCCGGGACGCAUCGCUAUCCCAGUGGGACUGGCCGGCCACCACCUCGCAGCGGCCCAAGCAGCAGCCGCCUCGCAAGCAGUGGUGCUGGAGCAGCUACGGGAGAAGCUGGAGACGGGGGAGCCCCCGGAGAAGAAAGUGGCCCUGACGGUGGAGGAGCAGCAGCGGCUGGUGCAACACGCACUGCAGCACAACCUCCUGGCCGUGGCCUCCCAGUUCCCCAUGAAUGUCAAGAUCUCCAACCGAGAUGACAGACAGGAGACUGCAUUGAACCUGUCCACCAACGGCAUUAGCAGUAUCAACAUGUCAAUAGAAAUAAAUGGAGUUGUCUACACAGGUGUCCUGUUUGCCCGCCGCCCCCCAGCCCCUCCGGCACCAGGUGGAGGAAGCACCCAGAGCCGGCCGAACCCCAUGCCCGCCCCGAACCCACUGGUCCCAGCCCCCUCGCACAGCCACACUCCUGCCAGCUCCUCACCGUAGGGGAUAUGCCCCCCCCAACCCUGAAAGCAAUUGGGGAUCCCCAGGGCCUGGGGGGCUCAGCUGCGUGACCCAGCUGAGCCAGCAAGAUGGGAUGGGGGGACCCGAAGGUGCCUCUUGCUUCAAUACUGAGCUGUGUCCGUGCAAGGCUGUGAGCAGCCACGUGGCCCCUUUUCCCCCUUACCCCCCAUGUGUGGGACUCCUUCCCCGUGUGUGGCCUCCGACACACGCACUAUCCUUCCCAGGUGCUGCCCCCAGGUGACACCCCCCUCCCCCCCCACCCCAUACAGCUCCUGCUGACCCCGCAUGCUGCAUCCCCUACACACUGCAGCCCCUAUAGACACCCAGAAGUGUACACUGUGGCCCCUACACCCACCUCAGUGCUUGCACUGCAGCCCCUAUACACACCUCAGUGCACACACCGGGUCCUUCAUGUAGAAUCAUAGAGCUGUUGGGUUGGAAGGGACCUUAAAGAUCAUGUAGUUCCAACCCCCCUGCCAUGGGCAGGGACACCUCCCACCAGAGCAAGUUGCUCAAAGCCCCAUCCAGCCUGGCCUUGAACAUC